UUGUAUAAACAAAGAAUUUAAAUUAUAAUAAUUAAUCAGCAGUGUGUCUGUAUGAAUAAAAAAAAUUAAUAAAGAUGUCUGUGUUCGACGGCGAGAUAGAGUUCCAAUCCGUUUACAUGGUGGACUAUGGCAAGAAAAAUAAACCCAAAAGUCCCCGGCGCAAAGCAGUAGACGACGAUUGCCUCAUCGUGGGCCUCAGCCGGGACUCGCUGAAGGCGCGGGAGCAGCCUCGCUCGAGUCCCGACGUCCUCUGCCCCGUCAACUAUGAGUACUACAAGAAGGCCAUUGAAAGAUUUGCCGAAAAUUAUCCGAAGCUGACCAAGAAGUACAUGUCAGAAGACAUAGAUCCGAUACCAAUAGACCAUGAGAUUCAGGAUCUGAAGAGAACUGAAUAUUUGACUAAAUACUGCUCCAGAGAGCUACCAUUCAUGUCAGUGAACUUGACUCGAAGAGCCCGUGCGCUGCAAACGCUGCGGCUGCCCGACGACGUGUACAUACCGGACACCAGCCACAAGGGCUCCUACAGGCGCCCCCCGCCGGACAAGUACGCAGUGCCGCCGGCGGCCAUGUCCAUGAAGCCUACCUUCGAUAAUUCCUUACAGAAGGAGCUUGGUCGUAUCCUGCGCGUGCGCACGGGCGACACUAGCUAUGACGUCGCUCACGGGCUGCUGGCGCGCGUGGUGCUGCAGAGGAAUCCCUUCGGGGCGCCGCGCGAGGAGCCUCGCUUCCCGCGGUGGAGGAAUCCUUACAUUUAUACUUACAGAAUCUAGUCACUGUCACGUUGAUAUACAGGUGUAAUCAGAACGCUUGCAAAAACAAAGCCAGGAGAUAGUACCUAAAAAAACCGCAAAAAAAUUAAAAUAUCUAUAUUUUUUAAAAGUUUAUAACAUAUUGCAAAUAAAACAUCUGACUGACACAAGAGAACAUCGAAUGUUGCGUAAAUAGGCGUUUGAAGUCAAUGAUAGCGCGCGUCGUAGGUGGAGCAUUGACCCGAGUUCUGCACGCCUAGGUAUAUACCUACAUUGCGAGUUUGAAAUAUAUACUAAAUGACCAAAAAAUACAAGAUAAGGCAAAUGGUUAUUGGUUAUUGGCAUUGUGUUUAGGUAGUAUAUUUAAUUCUGGUUACAUCCCAUAUUUACUUGCUGGAUAUAUUAUUGUUGUUAAAAUGUUUUAAAUAAAAAAAAGUUGGAAGUUUCCUGACAGCCACGAACGGUUAAAAGCUGAUAAAAACUUGCGGCUGAAUAUUUUCAGUAUCGAGCGACCGCUUGUGGCCGUUUAAACACUUCCUUAAAUGUUUUGGGAUAUUUAAUUUUUAUUUAGGUACAAUGAUGUUGUUAGAUAGAUACCUACCUAUUUUUUAGCGCUUAGAAUAAAGUAGCA